AUGGCCGGGAAACACACGCUGCUUUUCUUUGGAUUACUGAUUUUCAUUGCAAUCAGGCGGACUUUGUCUGUUUCAGAGGAAGAGCUCCACGCCAGCUACUGGAACAACAAAGGCAAGCAAGCACUUCACACUGCCCUCAACAUCCAGCCUAAUCUCCACCGAGCCAAGAACAUCAUCCUCUUCCUGGGGGACGGUAUGGGGAUGACAACACUAACUGCUGCCCGCAUCCUCAAAGGCCAACUUGCAGGACAUUCAGGAGAAGAGACCAGCCUGGUGAUGGAUACGUUCCCUCACUGUGCCUUGUCCAAGACGUAUAACGUAGACCAGCAGAUGCCAGACAGUGCCGGUACAGCCACGGCGUACCUUUGUGGUGUGAAGGCCAACUAUGGCACCUUGGGGGUCACCGCCGCCACCCGCAGAUAUAACUGCAGCGCUGUCCGUGGGAACGAAGUGACAUCCGUGUUGCAUCGGGCCAAGCAGGCAGGGAAGUCUGUGGGAAUUGUCACGACCACCCGAGUGCAGCAUGCCUCCCCGGGUGCAGCCUAUGCCCACACCGCCAAUCGAGGAUGGUACGCCGACUCCGAUCUCAGCACUGAGGCCGUUCAAAAUGGCUGUCGGGACAUCUCGUAUCAACUUGUUCACAACACGGAGAUAAACGUCAUACUUGGCGGUGGUCGAGAGUAUAUGUUUCCCAGAGACGUGCAAGACCCAGAAUAUCCCUCCGUGAAAGGAGAUCGAGAUGAUGGACAGAACCUUAUUGUGGAGUGGAUGAAGAAUAAAAAUAACGUUAAAUAUGUUUGGAACAAAAAACAAUUUGACGCCGUCGAUCCUACAAAGACAGACUUUCUGAUGGGUCUUUUUGAACCCAAGGACUGUCGCUACGAGAUGGAGCGGAACCGCUUAACCGACCCAUCCCUCACUGAGAUGACGGAGAAAGCCAUUCGGAUUCUCAGCAGAAACCCUAAAGGAUAUUUCCUGUUUGUGGAAGAUAAGGGGAGAAUCGACCACGGUCACCAUGGCGGGAGGGCUAAAAGGUCACUCACCGAGGCUGUGGAAUUUGACCGAGCCAUCGGGCGAGCAGCUGAACUCACAAAUGAGCUGGACACCCUGUCCAUCGUGACUGCGGACCACUCCCACGUCUUUUCCUUUGGGGGCCAUUCAGCCAGAGGAAACCCCGUUUUAGGGGUUUCCCGUACGAUUGCUGACGACAACAAGCGCUUUACCACGGCUGCGUAUGCAAAUGGUCCAGGAUACCAGUUUGUCAAUGGAACUCGUCCAGAUGUCAAUGAGACCAUUUCAACGGGCGAUGAGUACCGUCAACAGGCGACAGUGCCUCUUGAUUCAGAGACCCACGGCAUUGAAGAUGUGGCCAUCUUUGCCAAAGGUCCCAUGUCCCACCUCUUCCACGGGGUUCAGGAGCAGAGCUACAUCGCCCAUGUGAUGGCGUAUGCAGCUUGUCUGGAUCCUUACGAGAACUGCCAACUCACCUCUCCCAACCAUGCUGGGUCCGUCUACCCCAGCUUGCUGCUUCUCCUUCUGGGCAUACUUUCCAUGGUCUCCCUCGCGUGA